GCGUUGCUGUGGGGACGGGGGACGCGGGUGAGGGAGCGGGGAGCGGGACCGGGGUCACCGGGACAGCGGACACCGGGAGAGGGGACACCGGGACAGGGGUGAGCAGUGGGGAUGGACAUGGACAGUGUGUUCUCAGGCUCCUCUCUGCAGAGCCUUGCCAAACUGCUGCGUGAUGCUCCAGAAGAGGAGGAUGAUGAUUAUGAUGAUGUGCCGUGCUGUUCUGUUGGUGCCAUGACUCCUGGGAGUGUUGGACCAGCAAAGAAAGAGACCACCAGUACUUUUCAAGUGAAAUCUGAAAACAAGAAAACCAUUUGGAAUACAGAGGAGGUCCCAGAAGGAUCUGAAUUUGAUGAUAGCUGGGACCCUAGAGAAAAGCCAGAGUAUGAGAUUUCAUUCAAGCAGCACGUGGGAACAGAGGAUGUCUUCUUUGGGAUGACUGGGAAAGACCCCUCCACUGCCUGCUGUGAAGAUAUAGUGAUUAAAAUCAAGCUGCCAGAGACAAAAUACUCGGACAUCACGUUAGACAUCCAGGACAAGGUUCUUGACCUUCGAACUCCCAAAAAGAAGCUGCUGCUGCACCUCCCCUACCCUGUGAACAGCAAGGAGGGUAGAGCUCGUUUUCUCUCUGAAGAGGAGAUCUUGGAAGUCACCUUGAGAGUAUCAAGGAAGUUCGAUCUCAUAAAUUUUUCUGAUGGAUAGAGAGAUAGAGAAAGUUUGCAAAAGCUAACUUUCUAGUUUGCAGUCUUUUGGAAACCCAACUUGUUCUGAAAUAGUUGAUUGUUUCCCCUGAACAGUCCAGGGGAAUGUCUCUGGAGAAAUGAGUCAGGAGGAGCACAGCACCCACAGGUUCUUACAGCUGAUGCUGUCUGGCUCUUACACUGCUCUGGUUAACUUUCUGCCUCCUUCAGUCUGAUACAGACCCUGUGAAUCAGAAAGUGGGAGAUUUCAGUUCUGUAAGCCAGAGAAAGCCUUUUGUGUGGUUGUGGCUGAGAAGUAGCACAGUGAGGCUCUGGACAAUGAGUCUGGUGCUUUGGUACCCUUUCAAGACUUGUCCUUGCUUGGCCUCCAGUGCUGGGACUGGGGCCAGUAUAGAAUCUUCUCUUGCCUAUUUCUGGAUGAGAAGAUCAAAGUUCUUCAUGGAUCCAUAUCCACAUCUGAGGCUCCUUUACACUGACAGAACAAGUUAACCAGCUAUAGUUGAAGUGCUGAACAUCUCAGCUCUUUUGAACAGUUUUUUGACAAUUUAUGGUUAAGUGUUAUCUAUUCAUCUGCUGUCCCUCCACCCAUUUUUCUGAUCUUUCUUGAUUAAUAAAGUAAUAGGUUCUAAGGAACAGUUCCAGUUA